AGAGGAGGAGCCGGAGAGGGGCGGGAGUCGGCCUGCCUUCCAUUCACGCCGUCUUCGGGCCCGAGACUGGAAAGAGAAGAGAGGCAGGAGGCGUAAGAAAAACCAAGGCCUUCUCCGGGACGAGAGGCGCCCUGAAGGAAAAUUAAAAUGUCUUCAUGGGUCAAAGUAACAACAGACAAACCCCAUGCACCUGAUCCUGAAAAGAGGCACAGACAAGGAAAGAUCCCACGACUUCUGGACAAAAAUCCUUUCGAAACCAUUACGAAGAGCUCUUACUCUCCCCCUGAUGGUUAUUCAGAGGACUAUGAAGAUGCCAACAGGCACAGACAAGGAAAGAUCCCACGACUUCUGGACAAAAAUCCUUUCGAAACCAUUACGAAGAGCUCUUACUCUCCCCCUGAUAAUUAUUCAGAGGACUAUGAAGAUGCCAACAGGCACAGACAAGGAAAGAUCCCACGACUUCUGGACAAAAACCCUUUCGAAACCAUUACGAAGAGCUCUUACUCUCCCCCUGAUGGUUAUUCAGAGGACUAUGAAGAUGCCAACAGCUUUGAAGAACUCUUUGGGCAGCAGUAUCCAUCAGGAGGAAAUGAAGAUAAUUAUGAAAGAUAUCACUAUUCUCAGAAAGAUGAUGACUAUACUAAGGAUGUCCAUCGCGAGAAGCUGUACCUGCAGUUUUACCAGCAGGUAGAGAAGGAAUGUGACAAGGGGCGACCUUCCGACUGUGUCAUUGUUUCCUUCAGCAAAGAUCAAUCGGAAUACUCAACAGUCAUAGGCCAUCGGUUGCAGGAUCGUGGCCUUGUGGUGGAAAUGAUAUACCUUACAUCUGAAUCAGGUCUUGCCCGGGCCCUCCAAGACGUCAAAAAUGACGGUUCCCCAUUUUGUGUUCUUGUUGAACCUGCCAAUGUAGCCCUUACCUCUUGCACCGCAAUCAUGCUUCACCAGUAUAUUAAAAUACAUCGUAAUAUGCCCAUGGACGAUGCGUUGGCUCUCAUAACUAAGGAGUUUGAGAAAAUCAAUGCGGAGCGUGGCGAACAGGAACGCACCAAGAUUUCUCACAAAGCAGCUGAUUUGGUGGAUGACUACCUAGAGCGGGAGCUUUAUGAGAGCUACCAUGUGCCUCUAGCCAUUAGGCAUCUCCUCUUUCUUUUAAGUGAGGGAAAACAUUUAUAUGCGGAAGAAUUGAACUCAGUAAGUGACUACCUGAAGACCAGGAGAAAUAAGCUUGAAGGCUUUGUUGCAGAAGCGAACUCUUUAUCCACUGCCACUGAAAAAGCUGCAUACCCACCAAGCGUCAGGCCAAGUACAAGCUCUCUCCCCCAGACUCUAAGCAAACCUCCACCGCUUCUUCCAAUGCUGGGAUGCAAUCCUGCAUUAAGCCAAUCUUCCAAGUCUUCAGCUAAGCCAGCUUUGUUGGGUGAAAGACCAUUGGGCGCCCUUCUUCCAACACCAGCACUGACUGGCCCCAAGGGUAAACCUCCACCUCUCCUGACAAAGUCCGUGAAAAGGCCGAUCCACCUCACUACUACUCCUCCUCCACAUCUACCUGCAAAGCGGCCACUGCUUGGUAGCCGACCAGGCCUGUUGCCAACGCCAGCUACUCAGGCGAGAUCAGCACACCACCAUUGGGUGCCCAAGCCAAAGUUCCUGGCUUGAUGGGACUCCAGGAUUAAUAACGGAAUGAACUGUCAGCCCCAAUGGCAACUGUCUUCUUCCAAAACAACAGAGCGUGACGUACAUAUAUUGUUCAUACCUCCAGGCAAGCUUAAACAUGCAUCAAUUUUUGUUGUACACAUUCCUGAGAACUUUCUUUUCUUCUUUUUUUUACUUGAGUGGAAAAAUAAAAAUACACAUUUGUGGGAGGGUCAGUUUUAGAUUCGUAGUACUAAUAUGUUUUGAAACAGUAAAAUCCCCCAAUAAAAGAAUUUAUUUCCA